UGUUCGUUACCACAAUCGAAAUCUCUGUAUUACACUCCGAUGACAGAUAGAUGGCAAAACAGUCUUAACUAUUAUGCAUGAAAUUGCAUAUCUGCAAUAUUAUAAAUCAAUAUUGUCACCAAUGAAUGACGAAAGUUCAUUUACGACGUCCGUAAAAGUUCAGAUUGUUAAUAUUAGAUAGUAGUACACACAGAUCAUUAGCUUCUGCCAUCUAUGCAUGAAAUUGUUCAAUCGGAACUAUUUGUUAUAAUCAGAAGAACAAGUGUAAAGAGUUGUGUGUGGGAAUCAUUAAGUCUGUCUGAAUAAAAUGGGGAAUGCUGGCAGUAAUACACGUGACAGACACAAAUCAGGAGAUACAUUAGCACCAUCUUCUCCAGGAAAGGAUGGACAAGCUUUUGUCUUUGAUAAGAAACCAAAUACAAAAUUAGUUUUCCAAUCAUCUCAUGAGGAGGAAGAACCUUAUUAUGCCAAGGAACAGCUAUCAGAAGACUACACAGGAACUACACGCCAGCGUUCUGCUACUGUCUCUGAGGGUACCAAAGUCAGUGACAAAGUCCUACCCACAGUUUUCAAAUGGGAAGGUGGUGGAAAGCAAGUUUUUAUCAGUGGCACAUUCUCUAACUGGAAGACUCUUCCAAUGGUUAAAAGUCAUGGUGAUUUUGUAACUAUCAUAGAUCUGCCAGAAGGGGAACACCAGUACAAAUUUUAUGUUGAUGGUGAAUGGAAACACGACCCAGGAGUGCGCAUCAUUGACAAUGGAAUGGGUUCUAAGAACAACUUGGUUUGUGUCAAGAAGUCUGACUUUGAAGUAUUUCAAGCUCUUGCAAUGGACAGUGAAAGCAUGGGUGGUAGUCAGCAACGAGAAUAUUCUCAAGAAAUCCCAGCAAACAAGCCUUGGGAGAAGGUUUCUGGACCACCCAUCCUCCCCCCACAUCUUCUGCAGGUCAUAUUGAAUAAGGACACUCCUUUAUCAUGUGAACCUACAUUGCUACCUGAACCAAACCACGUCAUGCUGAAUCAUCUUUAUGCAUUAUCAAUAAAAGAUGGAGUGAUGGUGCUGAGUGCCACACAUCGAUAUAGGAAAAAAUAUGUCACCACUCUUCUCUACAAACCUAUCUAGCAAUGUUACUGUAACUUCCUAUUUUGUGCCUAGUGGUAGGAAUGUGUUUUCUCCAAUUAAGAUAGGCUGCUAGUUCAAUAAGUGGAUAUACAGUCCAUCUUGUAAUUUAUCGCGUUAGUCUGAAAAUGUCAAUAAUGCAUGCUGGAACUAUUUAUGAGGCAUGGAGAAUUAUGUAAUCAGGCACAUUCACAUCCCUGUGGAGUGCCUAUUAAGUCUGCUUUGACCAUCCAUCUGUCCAUGCACAUGUAACGACUCGGAAACAAGAUAACAGAUUUUCAUUAAAUUUGGUAUGGAGUUUAUGGCAUUGGAGGCUUUCCAAUCUCGUGCUGUUCAAUUUCCUACAUUCAUAGCGCCCACCAACACUGAAACCUGCGAGGUGGAAUGAUGAUACUCCACAUUCGCAUUACCCAUGUUCUGUGACGAUUGUGGCCUCACCUGUGAUGACAUUAUCACUCAUGAUGUCCAUCUGUAUGCGUGUAGUACCCAAAGAAGGGCUGAAUGGUUUUCCUACAAUUAUUAAUAUCAGUGUGAUAGAAGCUCAAACCUAUGAGGCAUGAAUUUGAUCCUAUGCGAGGACAUCAUUUCCCAUGAUCCUGUACAGUGACAUCAUCACAUGAAGCAAUAUUGAAGGUAUAAAACAAAUUCAUAUUA